AUGUUUUUUAGAUACGUUAAGCCUAAAAGCAUUGAAGAACUUCGAUUGGAAAUGCCUAUAACUUCUAAACAAAUUGAAGAAGAAAUACUUAAACAACAAAAUUUACUUGAAUAUUUGCACGAACACAUACAACAAAUGCGACAACAUUCAAAUCAACAAGUUUUAUUAAAACAAAAAGAAGACGAAAUGUGGGCUGUUCAAACAGGCAUAACUGUACUUAAAAGAAAAUUAAAAAAUUUGACAGAAGUAGAAGGGUCUAUUCCUAAAGAAGUUUGUUCUAAAGAAGAAAAAAUUGAAGAAAAAAAUAAUUUUAAUGAAGAAAAAAAAUUUUGUAAAGAAGAAGACGAAGAAGAAAUUGAUGAAACAAAUGCUAAACUUUUAGAAAAACAAUUAAUUGCUUCAAAAUUGUCACUUUCAAAUGAAAUUGGUGAUGAAAAGAAAGCUAUAGUUCGGUUAUUGUCUGAGUUGCGUGAGAUUUUGCAGUUGAGGAAUAAAUUACCAGAAUCUGAACAAAACUUGUUAACAGAGUCGCAAAAGGCAACAAACAAUUUAUCGCAACAACGACCAUUAAAAUAUAUUGUUCCCAACAACAACAAUAAACAACAUGUUGGAAGCCAAACAAACAAGGAACAAAGAAAUGGAGAAAAAGACGAUAAUACUGAUUGGGAACAACUUUGUGCAGAAGAGGAGAGGAAAAAUGCUGAAUUGUUAGCCGAACUUAUUCGUUAUAGGCGUAUUUGCUCUCAGCUCCGAUCACGAUUAGAAUAUGUCACAUUACUAGUAAAUUUAGAGAAAAAUAACCAACAUCCAACAAAAUUAAUAAAUGAUUUCGAAAAUAAUAGCUCACAAACUGAAGAUUCCACAAAUUUACUUAUUACAAGAUUCUAAUUUAAAAAAAAAUUUUUUUUUCCCAAAAUAAUUUUAUUUUUAAUAAUAUUUAAAGUUCUGAAAAAUUUAAAUUGCAUCCCUACUUAUCGAAAAAAAAUUUUUCUGACAUUUUUCUGCCUCUUUAUCCCUCCAUUUUAUAUUACAUUCUUAAAACUUUUUUUUGCUUUUAUUCGAAUUAUUUUAAACAUAUUCCUCUUUUAUUUUUUUAUUUCGAAAUUUG